CAAAUCAUUUCCCCCCCUCCCCAAUCACCUCCUUCUCUAUUCUCGUUCUCAACUCUGAACUUGCCCUCCAUCUCUCUCUCUCUCUCUCUGCAACUGCAAACUAGAAAAUCUACAAGAAUCAGAAGUUCAAAACCAAUAACCUAUAUCAAAACCCAUAUCGGCAUAUCAUUUCAGAUUGUUCAAAAAAUCAAAACCCAUAUCUUUCAGUCUGCAUCGCCCGCUGUUCCAGUUCGGGUUCGCCGUUCGCAAGCUUCAGCCGCUGUCUCUCAACUCUCAAGCUUGACCCCCUCUCUCUCUCUGCAACUGCUAACUUAAUGAGCCGAUCACAAGCAGCCGUUAAAAGGAAAAGAGAAGACUCAAGUUCUGCUCAGACACCUGAGGGUAAAAUAUUAAAUCUGAUCAAAGGUAAAGAAGAUAUGGGAAUCUGGAAAGGAGACUUGAAACGAGAAACAAAUCUCCCUGAUAAAGAGGUUGAUAAAGUGGUGAAGUUGCUCCUUGCCCAGAAGCUGAUAAAAGAGGUGGUGAACAUCCAAAGCAAGGGGAGAAAGCUCUAUAUGGCAACAGAGUUCGAACCGUCAAAGGAUGUAACUGGUGGUGCAUGGUAUGUUGGGGGGAAUCUUGAUACAACUUUCAUUGGUGUUCUUAAAAAAGCAUGCGAAGGAAUCAUACGCAAGUUGAAAGUUGCGACACUAGAGGCGAUCACUGACUUCUUCAAGAAGAAUAGAAUCACCAAGGAUGAAUGCACGCCACAGCAAAUUGCGCAGAUACUUAGGUGUAUGGUUUUGGACAAUGAGAUCAUAGAGGUGAAGAGCACUGGAUUAGGAGAAUAUGCUUCUAUUCCAAUGGGAACAGUUUGUUAUAGGAGUGCAACUGGGCAAGGCCCAAAAACAGGGGCCAUGGCUUCAAUUCCAUGUGGGGUUUGUCCCAGGAUAACUCAGUGCUCACCUGAUGGUCUCAUCUCCCCGCAGACUUGUGUCUACUUCACGAAAUGGUUGGAUAUUGAAUUUUGAAUAGUUUUAAUUAAUUAACUUCCAAGCUCUUAAUACUACUUUCAGAAAUCAUAUAUUUUACAAUAAAGUUCAUGAAUUUCAUCUAUAUGUUUCAUGGAUCCAUUUACUUGUUUCUUCUUCUUCUUUUUGGUGUAUGUAAUUAUAAUGGUUUUUUUCUUGUCAUCUUCUUUAGAACUUUGAAAGUUGCUUUAUUGUUCUGUGAAUGUUCAUAAAUUGCCCA